UUUUUUCAUUUUUUAGGCGAGAGGGUCUUUCCAUUGUCCUUCCGUCCCUCGAGUACCUUUAACGUUGUUCCUCCGCUUAACGGCGAUAUGGAACCUAAAGAGCAGUUUUGCCUUAAAGAGACGGAUGAGCACCGUCAAAUGCGACGAAUUGCUUUUGUAGCGGUUGUUGUUUCGACGGUUGCAGUAAUUGCUUCUGUUGUAACACUUCCAAUGCUUUAUAGUUAUGUACAGUCUUUCCAAAGCCAUUUAAUUGUUGAAAUUGACCAUUGUAAGGCAAAAAGUCGAGAUAUGUGGCUAGAAAUGACAGCACUUCAAAUUGGAAAAGGACACGUAAACCGAGUUAAACGUGGCUGGCUAUUUGGCCAGUGGGUACCAGAAAAUGGUUACGAACCAGCACAAACUGGUCCUUCAAAUACUGUCCAAUCAGCAAUAUCUCAAGGCCCAAGUGGGGCAACCUAUGGACAGGGAGCUGCUGGUUAUCAACCUGUUGUUGCUCCAGAACCCGCUCCAGUUUGUUGUACUUGCCAUCAAGGACCACCCGGACCUAUUGGUCCUGAAGGAGAACCUGGGCCAGAUGGGGAGGAUGGACCUAAUGGAAAGGAUGGAACUAGUGGAAAAGAUGCACAGAUUUUGCCAGCUCCUGUGGAGCCUCCUUGUAUUAUAUGCCCGCCAGGACCAGCUGGUCCUCAAGGCCCCGCUGGUGCCAAAGGACCACCUGGUCCUAAAGGAUCGCCUGGCGAGCCGCCAAAAGACGGAGUUCCUGGUGAACAAGGAAUGGCUGGACAACAUGGUCCACCCGGACGACCCGGACGAGAAGGACCUAGAGGAGCGCCUGGCUCUCCUGGUCGUCUCAUUCCCGUGCCUGGACCUCAAGGUCCAGCCGGACCUCCGGGUGUUGUUGGACCACCAGGAGCCCCUGGAGCUGCCGGACCUCCUGGUCAAUCGUUUGAAGGUCCUCCUGGACCUCCUGGCGAGCCUGGACGUCCCGGACGUGAAGGCCGUCCUGGCGGACCUGGACCUGCUGGACCUCCUGGACAAGACGGAGAUAAGGGCAGUUGUGAACACUGUCCAGAACCGCGUACUCCUCCCGGAUAUUUCGCGGAGGCAAGUGCAAAAAGUGGUGGAUAUCAUUAAUUAUUAUUGUGAUAUUAAACUACUACUUUUUUAUUCUCUUCAAUCAAAAAAAGAAGGAACCAGUUAGGAAAUUUAAAAAAAAGAAAAUCAGUCAUUCGUCUUCAAUCAUCGUUUAAAGCUCAAUUAACCCAAAUUAUACAAAUAUUUAAUCUCAUUUAUCUUUCCUUUUCCCCUAAUUCUGUAUAGUCUCUCUCUCUUUACAACACUUUAAUUGUUUCCGGAAAUUAUUUAAAUUGGGGGUGUGCGCAAAAAUUAUUUUAAAGAAACGCCAAAACAGAGAAUCUUGGCGCACAUCCUAAUUUUAAAUAAAUUCUGCCCUUCCUUUUAUUGUUGUCAGUCUUCGUUGUUUGUUUUAUAGUGCGUGUGGCCGUGGUCCUGGUCCGAUCAUCGCAGCCUCGUAUUUUUGUUGGAUUGUUAAACAUUCCCCCUUCCUUCCUUUAAAAAUUAUUUUUUGCCAUAUUUCUUUUUAUAUGCUAAUAAUGAAUGGAUUUUAUUUAGCAAUAAAUUUAUAUAAACAAAGCAUAUUAAUAAUAAAAAACAAAACUUUAUUUGAAA